CAGAAAUUGAAGAGUUAAUGAGCUUUUAGAUUUCAAAUAUUCGAAAAGUUUAGCGAACACCGAGGCAUCAAAAUGGACGGCAGCAUUUCGACGUAUUGUUCUGCAGUCAAUCACCCGAACGAUACAGGUCGAGUUCGUCGGCGCACCACCGCAUUUCUGUUUUGAGGAAUACGAGGUACGACUACUUGACGAAACCGGUAUUGAACUGUUAUUCCAUGCAAUUAUAAAGGCUAAAGAUAUGAGAAAGGAAAUUAUUGAUGGAAAAGCGCUGUAUUUUGGUGAAUACAACUUUACUGGAUUAGAGUCGCUUGUUGAAGAGUCACAUAAGAAGGAGAGUGACUCAGGGGAACGAAUGCGGGAAAUGAUUGUCCUUCGCAUUCAUAAACAAUACGGAGUUGACUAUAUUCCAUCUGUGAUUCCGGUAGAAAUGUCGUCGGAUGGUCGAUGUUUAUGUCCAACUAGUGAGCAACACGGAGCUUGCAGUUGUAUAGCGGCCGACUGGAAACGCGUUCGUUUACAACAUCCAACGUCGGUGCUAAUCGUCUACAGUCACGACUGUCCACAACACGAUGCGGCCGUGAUAGCGUUAGCUGAACUACUACGAGACACUUUCAAGAUGAAAGUGCAUGUAAUAGUAAUUAAUUCGAUUGGUUCGUGUUAUCGAGUCCAAGCACGUUGUCUGGGCGAAGAGACUGUAGAGAGGGUGGAAAAGUCGCCACUCGACGGCAUUUUUCUUAGUCAAAUUGAUUUGGUCCUACAACACGCACGUGUAGUCUCGGCUCGCUUCAGCUACACUCCAUCGAGUUUCACGCUAUUCGCACUCAGUCCGUUGCUACAAUACACUAUACCGGAGAAUCUCGGUCUUUUCGUCGCGUCAUUAAGCGAAUCACAAUUACGGAACGAUCCACGACUAGCCGGCUAUGAUCCUUCACUCGCCCGUCUUCGUACCGCUAUCGCCGCCAUGACGCAGCUCAUUGACAGUGACCCAAAAUGGUUUCAAAAGUCUCACCAUCGUGUGAAGCGUGUUAUAGCCAAGACACCAUUCGACACUUCAUUUGCUCGAUUGUCACGCCAAGCAGAUGGUAUCGAUACUCCUCCAUCUACGGUUCAGUCUCUGACCUUCCAUUCUUGUUGCUCAAAUGCUACGGAUUCGAUGUCAAAAUCUGCAAGUCAUGCCAUGCUCGGCACUUCUCCACUCGAAGAAGACGCCAAGCCUCUCCUAGCGGAACCGGACGAGGAAGAAACCACCGACGAAAAGCAAGGCGCGGGCAGCGUCUCGGCGUUCAACACACUUUGCGCCGAAAACACAGCAUCAGAACACGAGGCUCAUGAGAGGUUACGGCUAACGGUUCCAUCACAUGACGACACAUCUCAUUUGCAAAGUGAAGAAAUGACUACUGAGCCGCCAUCACGCCAAAAGAACGACGUCAUUGCCGAUAAUGACUCGGGCAUGGUUAGCGACCUGACUAGUGGUCAGUUGUCUGUCUAA